AUGGCUCCGCGGCCUGACGCGAACAGCUCUCUGGCCUCGUGGCCAGAUGCCCCCACCCUGGCGCCCAAUUCUGCCAACACGAGUGGGCUGUCAGGGGUGCCGUGGGCAGCGGCGUUGGCGGGGGCGCUGUUGGCGCUGGCGGUGCUGGCCACCGUGGGAGGCAACCUGUUGGUCAUCGUGGCCAUCGCCCGGACGCCGAGGCUCCAGACCAUGACCAACGUGUUCGUGACUUCUCUGGCUGCAGCCGACCUGGUCGUGGGACUCCUGGUAGUACCGCCGGCGGCCACCUUGGCGCUGACCGGCCACUGGCCCCUGGGCGCCACUGGUUGCGAGCUGUGGACCUCGGUGGACGUGCUGGGCGUGACCGCCAGCAUCGAAACCCUGUGCGCCCUGGCCGUGGACAGAUACCUGGCCUUCGCCGGCCAACAUGACCUACAACGCUGCUCUCCUCCUCCCUUCUCCUUCUACCUUCCGUUGCUGGUGAUGCUCUUCGUCUACGCGCGAGUUUUCGUCGUGGCGACGCGCCAGCUGCACUUGCUGCGUCGGGAGCUGGGACGCUUCCCGCCAGAGGAGUCCCCGUCGGCGGCACGGCGCUGUCGGGCCCCAGCCCAGGCGGGGCCGUGCGCUCCGCCCGCAGCGGGGCCCUCCGGCAGCCGCCGGCCGGCGCGCCUCCUGCCGCUCCCGGAACACCGGGCCCUGCGCACCUUGGGUCUCAUCAUGGGUACCUUCACUCUUUGCUGGUUGCCCUUCUUCGUGGCCAACGUGGUGCGCGCCCUUGGGGGCCCCUCCCUGGUUCCCGACCAGGCUUUCCUGGCCCUUAACUGGCUGGGCUAUGCCAACUCUGCCUUCAACCCGCUCAUCUACUGCCGCAGCCCCGACUUUCGCUGCGUCUUCCGCCGCUUGCUGCGCCGCGGCCCGCGGGAGGAGCGCCACGCUGCCGGCGCCCCUUCCUGGACCCCUGCGGCCCCGGCCCGCCCUUCCGAGUCCCGGCAGUGCCCACCGCUCAACGAGUAG